AUGGUGAAAAUAUUUUGUUAGUUGUGGCUGAGACCAUUCCAACUCAUGGCAACCCCAUGUAGGCAGAGUAGAACUGCUCAGUAGGUUUGUCAAGGCUGUGAUCUUUUGGAUGUAAAUUGCCAGGCCUGUGUUCCAAGUUGCCCCUGGGUGGGUUUGAACCUACAACCUUUAAGCUAGCAGUCAAGCAUUUAAUCAUUUGUGCCACCCAGGGACUAUGGUGAAAAUACACAAUUUAUUUAUCCAACCUCCUGUCAAUGGGCAUUUGUGAUUUUGAAAGUUUUACUACCCUGAACUGUGAUACAAGACCUGUCUUAUGUGUGUUCCUGCUACAUACACAUAAAUAUUUAUCUAGAGUAUUUAUCUUGGAAGGCAAUUACUGGGCCAUAACCAAAAAAAAUCCUAACCUGUUGCCGUUAAGUCCAUUCCAACUCAUAGCGAUCAUACAGGACAGAGUAAAACUGCCCCAUAGGGUUUCCAAGGAGCAGCUGGUUAAUUCGAACUGCUAACCUUUUGGUUAGCAGUGGAAAUUUUAAUCACUGUGCCACCAGGACUCCUACUCACUGUGCCAUCAGGACUCCUACUGGGCCAUAAAAAAAAAAAAAAAAAAACUGGGCCAUAGGGCAUGCAAAUAUUAAACUACAAGAUUUACAACUUUACAAAUUAUUUUUUUAAAAAACUGAUUGAGACUAUUUACACUUCGUAAAAAUUUUAAACUUGGUAUCAUCAAACUUCAUAAUUUUUAGCAAAUUUUUUGAAAAAUGAUAUUACGUUGUGAUCUGAUAUGAAUUUUCAAGAUUUUUCAUGAGAUCAAUCAAUUUCGUCUGUUCACUGGACAAAUGUAUUUUGUAUGGUAUGAAAUAAGGUUCCUUUGGAGCCCUGGUGGUGCCAUGGUUAAGAACUCAGGGUGCUGACCAGCAGUUCAAAUCUACCAGCAACUCCUUGGCAAACCUAUGGGGCAGUUGUACUCUACCCUAUAGGGUCGCUAUGAGUCAGAAUUGACUUGAUGGCAACUGGUUUGUUUUUUUUUUUUUAGGUGGUACAAACUGUUUGUGCUGAACUGCUAACCUGAAGAUUGGCAGUCUGAACCCAACCAGCAUUCCCUCGGAAGGAAAGACUGGUGAUAAGCUUCUGUUAAGAUUACAGUCAAGAAAACCCUAUGAAAUAGUUCUACUCUGUAACGCAUGGGGUUACCAUGAGUCAGAGUCAACUUGAUGGCAACUAACAACAACAACAACAAUUGUAUGAAAUACCUAUUCAUGUCUUUUGCCCAUUUUUCUAUUGGGUUUUUAUUUUAUGCUUACUGAUCUCUAUGAGUAAUUGUAUGUAUUUUUUUAAAAAAAUUUUAAAUUGUACUUUAGGUGACCAAACUAGCUUCUCAUUGAACAAUUAAUACACAUAUUGUUUUGUGACAUUGGUUGCCAACCUCAUGACGUGUCAACAAUCUCCCCUUCUUGACCUUGGGUUCCCCAUUACCAGCUUUCCUGUUCUCUCCUUCCUUUUCGUCCUUACCCUUGGGCUGGUGUGCCCAUUUAGUAUCAUUUUGCUUUAUGGGCCUGUCUAACCUUUAGCUGAAUGGUGAACCUCAGGAGUGACUUUAUUACUGAGGUAUAAGGGAGUCUGGGGACUAUACUUUUGAGGUUUCUCCAGCCUCUGUUAGACAAGUAAGUCUGGCAUUAUAUACAUUCUUAAUACUAAUCACCUCUACCCACUGCUGUCGAGUCGAUUCCGACUCAUAGCGACCCUAUAGGACAGAGUAGAACUGCCCCAUAGGGUUUCCAAGGAGCUCCUGGUGGAGUCUAACUGCUGACCUCUUGGUUAGCAGCUGUAGCACUUAACCACUACAUCACCAGGGUUUUCAAGGGCUCUAAUCACCUCUAGCUAUACGCAUUUCAUAUAUCUUCUCCCAGUCUGUGGCUUGUCUUGUCAUUUUAGAUUUUUUUUUAUUUUAAUAUGGUCAAAUUUAUCAAUAUCUUCUUUUACAUGAAUUAAAUCACUCUACACACACACAAACAUACAUAUGAAAAGGUAAUAUUUGGCAUAUAUAUACACAUAUAUAUGUAUAUAGUCCUACAUUUAUAUGUAUAUAAGUAUAUGUAUCUAUAUGUACAUAUCUAUAUAGAUAUACAUGUUAUUGUUGUUAUUAGGUGCUAUGCAGCCAGUUCUGACUCCUAGCGACCCUGUGUUCUACAGAACAAAACACUGUCCAGUCCUGUGCCAUCCUCAUGGUUGUUGUUAUGUUUGAGCCCAUUGUUGCAGCCACAAGGUCAAUCCUUCUCAUUGAAGGUCUUCCAAUUUUCAAGGACCCUCUACCUUACCAAGCACGAUGUCCUUCUCCAAAGACUGGUCCUUCCUGAUAACACGUUCAAAGUGUGUGAGACAAGUCUCAUCACCCUCGCUUCUAUGGAACAUUCUGUUUGUACUUCUUCCAAGACAGAUUUGUUUGUUCUUCUGGCAGACCAUGGUAUAUUCAAUAUUCUUCACCAACUCCAUAAUUCAAAGGUAUCAAUUCUUCUCUGGUCUUCCUUAUUUAUUGUCCAGUUUCCUCAUGCAUAUGAGGUGAUUAAAAAUUCCACACCUCGAGUUAGGCACACCUUAGUCCUUAAAGUGACAUCGUUGCUUUUUAACACUUUAAAGAGAUCUUUUGCAGCAGAUUUGUCCGAUGGAAUGUGUCAUUUGAUUUCCUGACUGCUGCUUCCAUGGGCAUUGAUUGUGGACCCAAGUAAAAUGAAAUACUUGACAACUUCAAUCUUUUCUCCAUUUAUCAUGAUGUUGGUUAUUGAUCCAGUUGUGAGGAUUUUUGUUUUCUUUAUGUUGAGGUGUAAUCCAUACUGAAGGCUGUGGUCUUUGAUCUUCAUCAGAAAGUACUUCAAGUCUUCUUCACUUUCAGCAAGCAAUGUUGUGUCAUCUGCAUAUCACAGGUUGUUAGUGAGCAUUCCUUCAAUUCUGAUUCUGCAUUCUUCUUCAUAUAGUCCAGCUACUCAGAUUAUUUGCACAGCAUAUAGAUUGAAUAAGUAUGGUGAAAGAAUACAACCAUGGUGCACAUCUUUCCUAACUUUAAAUCAUGCAGUAUCCCUUUGUUCUGUUAGAAUGACUGCCUCUUGGCCUGUGUACAGGUUCCUCAUGAGCGCAAUUAAGUGUUCUGAAAUUUCCAUUCUUUGCAGUGUUGUCCAUAAUUUGUUAUGAUCCACACAGUCAAAUGCCUUUGCAAAGUCAAUAAAGCACAGGUAAACAUCUUUCUGGUAUUCUCUGCAUUUAGUCAAGAUCCGUCUGACAUCAGCAAUGAUAUCCCCAAUUCCAUGUCCUCUUCUGAAUUUGGCUUGAAUUUUUGGCAGUUCUGUGUCAAUGUGCUGCUGCAAUUGCUUUUGAAUGAUCUUCAGCUACUUUUUACUUGAAUGUGAUAUUAAUGAUGUUGUUCAAUAAUUUCCACAUUUAGUUGGAUCACUUUUCUUUGAAAUAGGCAUAAAUAUGGAUCUCUUCCAGUCAGUUGGCCAGGUAGCUGUCUUCCAAAUUUCUUGGCGUAGAUGAGUGAUCGCAUCCAGUGCUGAAUCCAUUUGUUGAAACAUCUCAACUGGUAUUCUAUCAAUCCUGGAGACUUGUUAUUUGCCAAGACUUUCAGUGCAGCUUGGACCUCUUCCUUCAGUACCGUUGGUUCUUGAUCAUAUGCUACCUCCUGCAAUGGUUGAAUGUUGCCCAAUUCUUUUUGGUACAGUGACUCUGCUAUGUAUUCUCUCUUCUUUUGAUGCUUCCUGCAUCAUUUAAUACUUUCACUGUAGAAUCCUUCACUAUUUCAACUUGAGGCUUGAACUUUUUCUUCAGUUCUUGCAGCUUGAGAAAUGCCAAAUACGUUCUCCCCUUUUGGUUGUUAAACUCCAGGUCUUUGCACAUUUCAUUGUAAUAUUUUAGUUUGUGUUCUCGAGCUGCCCUUUGAAAUUUUCUGUUCAGCUCUUUUACUUCAUCAUUUCUUCCUUUCACUUUAGCUACUCUACAGCCAAGAGCAACUUUCAGAGUCUCUUCUGACAUCCAUUUUGGUCAUCAUUCUUUCCUCUCUCUUUAAUGACCUUUUACUUUCUUCAUGUAUGAUGUCCUUGAUGUCAUUCCACAACUCAUCUGAUCUUCGAUCAGUGUGCAAUAUGUCAAGUCUAUUCUUGAGAUGGUCUUUAAAUUCAGGGAGGAUAUACUCAAGGUCAUAUUUUGGCUCUCUUUGGACUUGUUCUAAUUUUCUUCAACUUCAACUUGAACUUGCCCAUGAGCAAUUUAUGGUCUGUUCCUCAUUCAGCCCCUGGCCUCAUUCUGACUGCUGAUAUUGAGCUUUUCUAUCAUCUCUUACCACAGAUGUAGCCGAUUUGAUUCUGUGUGUUCCAUCUGGUGAGGUCCACAUGUAUAAUUGCUGUUUAUGUUGUUGGAAAAAGUAUUUGCAAUGAAGAAGUUGUUGGUCUUGCAAAAUUCUAUAAUGCGAUCUCUGACAUCUUUUCUAUCACUCAGGCCAUAAUUUUCAAACACCAAUCCUUCUUUAUUUCCACCUUUCAAAUUCCAAUCACCAGUAAUUGUCAAUGCACCUUGAUUGCGUGUUUGAUCAAUUUCAGACUGCAGAAGUUGGCAAAAAUCUUUACUUUCUUCACCUUUACCUUAGUGGUCAAUGCGUAAAUUUGAAUAGUCAUAUUACCUGGUUUUCCUGAUAGGUGUAUGAAUAUUAUCCUAUCUCUGAUAGUGUUGUACUUCAGGAUAGGUCUUGAAAUGUUCUUUUUGACCAUGAACUCACUUGGUGCCUUUCCUCUUCAAUUUUCCAUUCCCGGCAUAGUAGGCCAUAAGAUUGUCUAAUUCAAAAUGACCAACACCAGUCCAUUUCAGCUCACUAAUGCCUAGGGUAUCAAUGGUUAGGUGUUCCGUUUCCUUUUUGAUGACUUUCAAUUUUCCUAGAUUCAUACUGUGUACAUUACAAGCUCCAGUUUUUAAUGGAUGUUUGCAGCUGUUUCGUCUCAUUUUGAGUCAUGCCACAUCAGCAAAUGAAAUUCCUGAAAGUUUGACUCCAUGCAUGUGUAAAGCUGACUUUGCUUUGAGGUGGCAGAUCUUCCCCAGUCAUGUUUUGAGUGCCUUCCAAUCUGAGGGGCUCAUCUUCUGGCACUAUAUCAGACAAUGUUCCACUGUUAUUCAUGUUUUCACUGGCCAUUUUUUCAGAAGUAUAUGUUAGGUCCUUGUUCCUAGUCUGUCUUAGUCUAGAGGCUCUGCUGAAACCUAUCCACCAAGGAUGACCCUGCUGGUAUUUGAAAUACGGUGGCAAAGCUUCUGGUAUCAUAGCAACAUGCAAGGUAUCACAGUACGACAAAAUGACAGACACGUGGUGGGUAUAUAUAUAUAUACAUAUAUUUUUUUUUCCAGGUAUAUUUUCAUGACUUCAAAAUCUCAUCACUUCUAUUAAAACCAAGUUAUUUUGGGAAUUGGAGAUACUACAGUAUGUAUACACAUUGCUCAUAAGCUAUUUUCUGAAGUGAGAAUUUUUAAAAAAAAUGGCAUUUUAAUACUGAAUAAAUAUCCACAUUUAAUUAUUUCAUGAAGAACUCUGAUUUUAAAAAUCAACUGAUAGUUUCCUCUUGACCUUAGGCCAUAAAGAAAUAUACCUUAUAUACCUGCUCAUUUCCCUAGAUAUGUAAUAUCUCCUGAUACAUAUUUCACAUAUACUUAUAGGCAGAUAACUAAUGUUGAAUCCAAAUAUAAGAGAACACUACAUAAAACCUUCUGAGUUAUAAAUACAUGCCAUGCCAUACACUUAUAGUUAACACUUAUGAACCAUUUGCUAAGUGCCAAGCACUAUUCCAAGCACAUCAUUGUCAUUAAUACAUCUAGUUCUCACAACAAUCCUAAGAGAUAGGUCCUGCUAUUCCCAUUUUACACAUAAUAAAACCGGGACAGAGAUCAAGAAGCAUCUUGUCUUAGUUCUCCUAGAAAAUAAUGGAGCUAGAAUCUGAACCAAGCUGUUAGCACACUUUUGAAAAUAAAAGGAGCUGCUAUUCAAAGUACCCUGGGACACUGGUUUUAAACCAGCAGCAAGUCUGGCAAACCAAAAUGUGAAUAUGGAAAUAAUAGCUCCCAAGGAUUUUUAUCACUGUGGAAAUAAUGGACAUAAUCUGUUUCUUGUGUCUUCACAUCCCUUAAUAAGUGGAAAUUUACAAUUAAUCCCUUUACAGUUAGUUGCAUCCUUUUAGGUCAUUGAUCCAUUUAGGCAUCAACACAGGGCAAGACCCCACAGUAGGAGCCUCACCAAAGAGGGUCUCAAAAACCUCUUGCUCUUUAUGAUGGCCUGUAUUUCAGCCAGAGACGCCUCUGUGUUAAACCCAUCUGUGCUCUCUUUUAGAUGGAAAUAAAUGUUAUCUAUCUAAACCUUCAUUCAGUAUAAGAUGAAGGAAGAAUAAUGGAGAUUCUGAAAUAUAGCUCAAAAGUGAGAAGCAGCAAAGCUGAGAUCAAGGGGCUUCUGAGUGUUUAUUAGUCUUUUCUGCUGAUUUAUAAUCAUAAAAAUUGCUGCUUAAAAAAAAAAUCUCUGAUGGAAAAAACUCAACACUGUUUCACUUAAAAACCAAAAAGCCAAACUCGUUGCCGUCAAGUUGAUUUCCGACCAUAUAGAACAAAAUAAAACUGCCCCAUAGAGUUUCUAAGAAGCAUCUGGUGGGUUUGAACUGCUGACCUUUUGGUUAGCAGCCACAGUAGCGCUUAAUCACUACACCACCAGGGUUUCCAUUUCACUUCAAGCACCCUGAAAAGCACAGUGUAUUGUCAAGGGUGGAUUAACCAGUAAGCAAGGUAUGCACAGGCUUAAUUUUGUUUACUUACUAAUCUGUAGUGCACAAUUUCACAAGAGUUUCACCACAUCUUAAACUGAGCCACAGUUAAUACUCCCUGGCAAUCCCAGAUCUCACACCGAACAAGAAUUUAGUGUUUGUUGAAGGAACGAUGAAGGGAGUCAUUAAUUAUUUUUUGUUUAUGAUCCAGUCUAAACCAGACCCAGUGCCGCUGAGUCGAUUCUGACUCAUAGCGACCCUAUAGGAUAGAGUAGAACUGCCCCAUAGAGUUUCCAAGGAGUGCCUGGCAGAUUCCAACUGGUGACCCUUGGGUUAGCAGCUGUAGCACUUAACCACUACUCCACCAGGGUUUCCUUGUUUAUGAUAUGUGAUCUUUAUUUUAUCAUAACAUUUUCCUAAAUAAUGGCAUACUUGAAAUUCAAAUGGGAAAAGAACAUGGCUUCUCCAUUGUAGAGAGUUUAUCUUAAAACUACUUUUUACUUAAUAAUUGAGCUUUGAGUUUUCUCAUAAAUAUUUUAACACAUUAAGCAAUAACAAAACAUGCCAUCAGGAUUGAAGGAAGACUCAUUAACAACAUAUAAUAUGCAGAUAGCUUCCAUUCUGGUGGCAUAGCUUUCAGCAUCACGGCAACACGCAAGCCCCCACAGUAGGACAAACUGACAGACAUGUGAGGGACACAUUUUAGCUAAGCUUUCCAGACUAAGACAGACUAGGAAGAAGAACCUGGCAGUCUACUUCUGAAAGCAUUAGCUGGUGAAAACCAUAUGAAUAACAGUGGAACAUCAUCUGAUAUAGUGCUGGAAGAUGAGCCCCCAGGUUGGAAGGCACUCAAAAGAUGACUGGGGAAGAGCUGCCUCCUCAAAGUCGAGUUGACCUUAAUGACAUGGAUGAAGUAAAGCUUUUGGGACCUUCAUUUGCUGAUGUGGCAUGACUCAAAAUGAGAAGAAAGAGCUGCAAACAUCCGUUAAUAAUCAGAACCUGGAAUGCACAAAGUAUGUAUCUAGGAAAAUUGGAAAUCAUCAAAAAUGAAAUGGAAUGCAUAAACAUCAAUAUCCUAGGCAUUAGUGAGCUGAAAUGGACUGGUAUUGGCCAUUUUGAAUCAGAUAGUCAUAUAGUCUACUAUGCUGGGAAUGACAACUUGAAGAGGAAUGGUGUUGCAUUCAUCGUCAAAAAGAACAUUUCAAAAUCUAUCCUGAAGUACAACACUGUCAGUGAUACGAUAAUAUCCAUACACCUACAAGAAAGACCACUUAAUAUGGCUAUUAUUCAAAUUUAUGCACCAACCACUAGAGCCAAAGAUGAAGAAGUAGAAGAUUUUUAUCAGCUGCUACAGACUGAAAUUGAUCGAACAUGCAUUCAGGAUGCAUUGAUAAUUACUGGCGAUUGCAACGCGAAAGCUGGAAACAAAGAACAAGGAUCAGUAGUUGGAAAAUAUGGCCUUGGUGAUAGAAACAAUGCCGGAGACUGAAUGAUAGAAUUUUGCAAGACCAAUGACUUCUUCAUUGCAAUUACCUUCUUUCACCAACACAAACGGCAACUAUACGUUUUUUUUAUACACAUGAACCUCACCAGAUGGAACACACAGAAAUCAAAUUGAUUACAUCUGUGGAAAGAGUUGAUGGAAAAGCUCAAUAUCAUCAGUCAGAACAAGGCCAGGGGCCGACUGUGGAACAGACCAUCAAUUACUCAUUUGCAAGUUCAAACUGAUACUGAAGAAAAUCAGAGCAAGUCCACAAGAGCCAAAAUAUGACCUUGAGUAUAUCCCACCUGAAUUUAGAGACCAUCUGAAGAAUAGAUUUGAUGCAUUGAACACUAGUGACUGAAGACCAGACGAGUUGUGGAAUGACAUCAAGGACAUCAUACAUGAAGAAAGCAAGAGGUCAUUGAAAAGAUAGGAAAGAAAGAAAAGAUCAAGAUGGAUGUCAGAGGAGACUCUGAAACUUGCUCUCAAACAUCGAGCAGCUACAGCAAAAGGAAGAAUUGAUGAAAUAAAAGAACUGAAGAGAAGAUUUUAAAGGGCAGCUCGAGAAGACCAAGUAUUAUAACGACAUGUGCAAAGAGUUGGAGAUGGAAAACCAAAAGGGAAGAGCAUGCUUGGCAUUUUUCUAGCUGAAAGAACUGAAGAAAAAAUUCAAGCCUCGAGUUGCAGUAGUGAAGAAUUCUAUGGGGAAAAUAUUAAACGAUGCAGGAAGCAUCAAAAGAAAAUGGAAGGAAUACACAGAGUCAUCAUACCAAAAAAAAUUAGUUGGUGUUCAACCAUUUCAAGAGGUAGCAUACCAUCAGGAACCGAUGGUACCGAAGGAAGAAGCCCAAGCUGCUCUGAAGGCAUUGGCGAAAAGCAAUGCUCCAGGAAUUGAUGGAAUAUCAAUUGAGAUGCUUCAACAAACAGAUGCAGCGCUGGAGGUACUCACUUGUCUAUGCCAAGAAAUAUGGAAGAUAGCGUCCUGGUCAACUGACUGGAAGAGGUGCAUAUUUAUGCCUAUUCCCAAGAAAGGUGAUCCAACCGAAUGUGGAAAUUAUAGAGCAAUAUCAUUAAUAUCACACGCAAGCAAAUUCGACUGUGUGGAUCAUAACGAAUUAUGGAUAACAUUGUGAAGAAUGGGAAUUCCAGAACAUUUAAUAGUGCUCAUGAGCAGCCUGUACAUAGAUCAAGAGGCAGUUGUUCGGACAGAACGAGCGGAUACUGAUAGGUUUAAAGUCAGGAAAGAUGUGCAUCAGGGUUAUAUUCUUUUACCACACCUAUUCAAUCUGUAUGCUGAGCAAAUAAUCCAAGAAGCUGGACUAUAUGAAGAACGGAGAAGACUCAUUAACAACCUGCCUUAUGUAGAUGACACAACCUUGCUUGCAGAAAGUGAAGAGGACUUGAAGCACUUACUGAUGAAGAUCAAAGACUACAGCCUUCAGUAUGGAUUGUACCUCAACAUAAAGAAAACAAAAAUCCUCACAACUGGGCUAAUAAGCAACAUCAUGAUAAAUGGAGAACAGAUUGAAGUUGUCAAGGAUUUCAUUUUACUUGGAUCCGCAAUCAACAGCCAUGGAAGCAGCAGUCAAGAAAUCAAAAGACGCAUUGCAUUGGGUAAGUCUGCUGCGAAGGACCUCUUUAAAAUGUUGAAGAGCAAAGAUGUCACCUUGAAAACUAAGGCGCGCCUGGCCCAAGCCAAGGUAUUUUCAAUCGCAUCAUACGCAUGUGAAAGCUGGACAAUGAAUAAGGAAGACUGAAGAAGAAUUGAUGCCUUUGAAUUGUGGUGUUGGAGAAGAAUAUUGAAUACACCAUAGACUUCCACAAGAACAAACAAAUCUGUCUUAAAAGUACAACCAGAAUGGUCCUUAGAAACAAGAAUGGUGAGACUACGUCUUACAUACUUUGGAAAUGUUUUGAGGAGGGAUUGGUCCCUGGAGAAGGACAUCAUGCUUGGCAAAGUACAGGGUCAGCAAAAAAGAGGAAGACCCUCUGUGAGGUGGAUUGACACAGUGGCUGAAACAAUGAGCUCAAGCAUAACAAUGAUUUUGAGGAUCACGCACGACUGGGCAGUGUUUCGUUUUGUUGUACACAGCAUGUUAUGAGUCAGAACCAUCUUGAGGGCACCUAACAACACAAACGACAAAUAUGCAGAUGACACAAUCUUGCUUGCUGAAAGCAGAGAAGAUUUGAAGCACUUACUGAUGAAAAUCAAAGCCUACAGCCUUCAGUAUGGAUUACACCUCAACAUAAAAGAAAAAUCUUCGCAACUAGACCAAUAAGCAACAUAAUGAUAAAGGGAGAAAAUGUUGAAGUUGUCAACGAUCUCAUAUGGUCUUUGGUCCACAAUCAACAAUCAUGGAAGCAGCAGUCAGGCAAACAAAUGACACAACAUAUUGCAUUGGGCAAAUCUGCUGCAAAGGCCUCUUUAUAGUGUUAAAAAGCAAAGAUGUCACCUUGAAGACUAAAAUGCACCUGAUCCAGGCUAUGGUGUUUUCAAUAGCCUCAUAUACACGUGAAAGCUGGACAAUGAAUAAGGAAGACUGAAGAAGAAUUGACAUCUUUGAAUUAUGGCUUCGGUGAAGAAUAUUGAAUAUAUCAUGGACUGACAAAAGAAUGAAAGAAUCUGUCUUAAAAGUACAGCCAGAAUGCUCCUUAGAUGCAAUAAUGGUGAGACUACAUCUCACAUACUGAUCAGGAGGGAUCAGUCCCUGGAGAUGGACACCAUGCUUGGUAAAGUAGAGGGUCAGUGAAAAAGAGGAAGACCUUCAAGGAGAUGGAUCGACACUGUGGCUGUAAUAAUGGGCUCAUGCAUGACAAUGAUUGUGAGGGUGGCGGAGGACUGAGCAGUGUUUCAUUCUGUUGUACAUGGGGUUUCUAUGAGUUGGAAUAGACUUGACAGCACCUAACUAACAGCAAUAACAUUAAAGAAGUAAUUUGGGGAGAGUACCAAAUGAAGCUUGGCUACCCAGUAUGGUACUCCAGAUCUUUCGUGUAGAUUGUAAAUUAAAAUUAAUUUGAUUAUUUGCUUGAGGUUUUCAAGAUUUUGUUUUUGAGACCCUCCCUCUUUAUUUAUUUAUUUUUUUGUGCAUAGUUCAAAUGAAAUUCUGUUUAAUGAAUGUAUAUUUUGGAAUUUUAAAAGGUAUAGAAGUCAGGUAAAGUCCACAUUAUUAGCCCCAGGAGGUCACUGUAGCACUCAGACAUAAAAUUAAUUUCUCAAAACACACAGAAAGAAGAGACAGAGCUCCCUGUAGCUUAUGUCAGCCAUCAUAAAACAGUGAUAUAGUGUUCUUCUCCACUAAGUUGCUUCACCACCAGCAGCUUUUAGUUAAAAUUAUUAUGAUAAUGAAUGACCCUAAGGAGAGCUCUCUGGUUCAUUUAAGGCUCCUUCCUAAUAACCUACACUGUGUGAGCACCAUCAGCUGUGGGAGCUUCUGACGGGCAGGUUGAAUACGUUGGUAUGUCACUCCAUAUGGUUCUUAUGGGUUUCCUUUGAGGACUCAUAAUAUUCCAUCAGUCCAGCUGUCAAUGGCCGAUUGCUCAGCUGGGAUGAUGACUUGAAAAGCUAUUCACAAGUUUUUUGUUUCUUGUGGAUGCUACCAAGAAGUUAGGAGCUCUUUGUCUGCAGUGGAUUUGUGAAAUGAAAAGAAGUUCUUUUUAAGUUAAAGCAGCCAAGAUUCUGAAUAGGAAAACCUCUCGGUAAACUUUUGUGUUACAUACUUAAGUCCACAUGGUUGUUAGGAUACAAAGUCAUUUGGAGGAGAAAUUGUUAUCACUCACAUUGCGCGAAAAUCACACUUUUGAGAAGGAGGCCCCCGAUGCAGCAUUGGGCAAAAGUUGAAGAAAUGAUCUUAUUUUGUUGACCUGUAAUGGAGGCAUUUAAAACUCUAACUUGUUUUCUGAAGAAAAGCAAUGAACAUUAAGAGGUAAUGGCAGCUUUACUGUAAAACUUUAAUUUGGGAAGCAUUUGUGGAAUCAUUAUAUCUUUUAUUUGAGAAAACAAAGGCAUUAUUGAAAAGUAGCGGAAUGUACACAAAACUAUAUACAAUAUUAAAUAUUAAAUAGAAUUUAAAAGGGGAAACUAUACGAAGUAACUAUAUAAACCUAAUUCUGUAAUGAAAUUUAAAUUUUUCUGUUGUAAUCUCUUAUAUUGAUACUAAAUAUUAAUUUAGUGCCAGUUUUAUAGAACCAUAGCAAUUUAUUGCCAAAGAUCUCAGAAGAAAAAAAUAUUCUAUGUUACCCUUAUAGUUGAAUUUUAGACAUUUGCUUUAUUUUUACUUUUUUAAAUUAAUUUUUAUUGUGCUUUAAGUGAAAGUUUACAAAUCAGGUCAGUCUCUCAUAAAAAACUUUGUAUACACCUUGCCAUACACUCCUAAUUGUUCUGCCAAUGAGACAGCACAGUUCUUCCCUCCACACUCUCUCCUUGUGUCCUUUCAGGUAGCUUCUGGCCCCCUCUGCCCUCUCAUCCCACCUCCAGACAGGAGAUGCCAACACAGUCUCAUGUGUCCACUUGAUCCAAGAAGCUCGUUCUUCACCAGUAUCAUUUUCCAUUUUUUCUUCCAGUCCAUACUCAUAGCUCAUAGCGACCCUAUGGGGCAGAGUAGAAGCCCCAUAGAGUUCCAAGGAGCGCCUGGCAGAUUCUAACUGCUGACCUUUUGGUUAGCAGCCGUAGCACUUAACCACUAUGCCACCAGGGUGGCUAUGAGUGAGAAUCGACUUGAUUGCAGUGGGUUUUUUUUUUUUUUUAUUCCAGUACGAUCCCUGUCUGGAGUUAGCUUUGGGAAUGGUUUCUGUCUUGGGCUAACUGAAGGUCUGGGGACUGUGGCCUCCGGGGUCCCUCCAGUCCCAGUCUAACCAUUUAGUCUGGUCUUUUUACAAGAAUUUGGGGUCUGCAUCCCACUGUUCUCCUGCUUCCUCAGGGUUUCUCUGUUGAGUUCCCUGUCAGGGCAGUCAUCGAUUGUGGCUGGGCACCAUCUAGUUCUUCUGGUCUCAGGCUGAUGUAGUCUCUGGUUUAUGUGGUCCUUUCUGGCUCUUAGGCUCGUAAUUACCUUGUGUCUUUGGUGUUCUUCCUUCUUUCUUCCUCCAGGUGGGUUGAGACCAGUUGAUGUGUCUUAGAUGGCCGUUUGCUAGCGUUUAAGACCCCAGACACCACUCUCCAAAGUGGGAUCAUUUGCUUUGUUUUUGAAAUUGGAAACCCCCUUUGUCUUAAGAAGCUUAGUAGAAAGGAAACAUUUUCUAGGGGAGAUAAUUUAGACUCUGUUUGCCUUUGUAUCUUUUGUUGUUAUUUUUUUGUUUAUUUAUUUAUUUUUUUGCCUUUGUAUCUUUUGUUGUUAGGUGCCUCCCAGCUGGUUCCAGCUCAUAGUGGACCUAUAUACAACAGAACAGAUUUGUUUCUUCUUCCAGCAGUUCCUGGUCUUCUUCAUCAACAUCGUAAUUCAAAUACAUCAAUUCUUCUUCCAUCUUCCUUAAUCAUUGUCCAGCUUUUGCAUGUAUAUGAGGUGAAUUAAAAUACCUUGGCUUGGGUCAGGGCACAUUAGUCUUCAAAGUGACAUUUUGCCUUUUCAACACUUUUAGGAGGUCUUUUUGCAGAUUUGCCCAAUGCAAUGUGUCUUUUGAUUUCUUGACUGCUUCCAUGGGUAUUGAUAGUGGAUCCAAGCAAAAUGAAAUCCUUGACAACUUCAAUAUUUUCUCUGUUUAUCAUGAUGUUGCUUAUUGGUCCAGGUGUGAGGAUUUUGAAGGCUGAUUUUUUUUCUCUUUCUUUAAAAAAAAAUUUUUUUUAUUGUGCACUAGGUGUAAGUUUACACGGCAAAUUAGGUUCUCAUUUGGUAGUUUGUACACAAAGUGUUCAGUUACAUUGAUUUCAUUCCCCACAAUGUGUCAGCAUUCUCCCCGUUUUUGCCCUGGGUUCCCCUUUCCUUAUGUCCUGAUUUUGUAUGCCUUUCUGCCUUCCUAUUUUGCUUUUGGGCAAAUGUUGCCCUUUUGAUAUUGUAUAAUUGUUCUGAGGAGCACAUUCCUCACAAGUGUUAGUGUUUAUUUUAUGAGCCUGUCUAUGGUUUGGCUGAAAGGUGGUCUCUGGGAAUGACUUCAGUUCCAGCUCAGAAGGGUGUCUUAAGGGCAUAGUCUUGUGGGGGGGCGGGGGGCAGGAGGUUCUCCAGUCUCUGUCAGACCAGUAAGUCUGGUCUUUUUUGUGAGUUUGAUGUUUCGUUCUACAAUUGUUCUCCCAUUCUGUCUGGGACCUCUGCUGUGAUCCCAGUCAGAGUGUUUGGUAGUGGUAGCCAGGUACCGUCUAGUUUCUCUAGUUUCAGAGUCGUGUAGUCUGUGGUUCAUGUGGCCCAUUAGUCCUUUGGAUUAAUUGCUCCCUUGAGUUUUUGCUUUUCUUCACUCUUCUUUGCUCCGGAUGGUAAGAGACAAGUAGUUGUAUCUUAGAUGUCUGCUCAAAAGCUAUUAAGAUGCUACUGACUAAAAUAGAAUGCAGAGCUUUGUCUUUAUGAACAAUGUUGUGCCAGUUGACAUUGAUGUCCCCUGUGUCUAUGUUCUUUCGCCUUUGAGUCUAGGAACUUCAUCCCAUGAGGUGUUUCAUUAUGUUUGGUUAUAUCUCGUGGUAGGUUUUAUUUGCACCUCUCUAAUUUUUUUUCUUUAAUGGCUAAUGAGAGAGCCUUGGUGGCACAGUGGUUAAGCACUCAGCUGCUAACUGAAAGGUCAGCGGUUCAAACCCACCAGCCACCCCUUUGGAGAAAGAUGUGGCAGUCACCUUCUGUAAAGAUUAAUGCCUUGGAAAUCCUAUAGGGCCACUAAGAGUCAGAAUAAACUUGACGGCAGUAGGUAAUGGCUAGGGAUCGUGAGCAUUUAUAAAUCUGUUUUUUAGCUGCCUGAAUGUCUUCUUUGGUGAAGUGUCUUUUCAUAUUCUUUGCCUAUUUUUGUAUUAGAUUUUUUUUCAUUUUGUUGUUGAGAUCUUGAAGUUUUCUGUAAAUUUUAGAGAUUAGAACCUUGUUGGAUAUGUCCUAGCCAAAAUUGUUUAUCCCAAUCUGUACCAAACCAAAAAAACCAAACCCAUUGCCAUCGAAUCAAUUCCAACUUCCAGUCUGUAGGCUUUCAUUUUACUCUUUUGAAGAAGUCAUUUGGUGAGCAUAAAUGUUUAAUUUUUAGGAAGUCCAAUUUGUCUAAUUCAUCUCCUGCUGUUUGUGUAUUUUUAGUUAUGUUUAGAAUUCUACUUACAUCAUGUAUUAGGCCCCUAGCAUUGUCCUUAUUUUUUCUUCCAUGAUCUUUAUAAUUUUAGGUUUUAUAUUUAGGUCUUCCAUCUAUUUUGAGUUAGUUUUUGUAUAGUGUGAUGUAUGGGUCCUGUUUCAUGUUUUUACAGAUGGGCAUCCAGUUUUGCCAGCACCAUUUGUUAAAUAGAUUGUAUUUUCCCUUUUUAAUGGACUUUGGCCCUUUUUCAAAGAUCAGCUAUCUAUAACCCAUUAAAACCCUUAUUGCUGUAGCUAUGACUUCCCGCACAAUGUUGAAUAAAAUUGGUGAUAAAGGGCAUCAAUGUCUGGUCAAAUAACCAGAGCUCAGUCUUAUUGGUUUCCCUUUGUAAGUGGCUUUUGAUUUUCCCAGUGCUGCUCUUGGGAUUAUUUCUUUGUCUUUGAUUUUAGCAAGUUUGAUAGUGAUAUGUCUUGGUGAUUUUCUUUGGAGCCUAUCCUGUAUGGAAUUUGUUGUGCUGCUUAGGUGGGUAUCUUCUUGUCUUUCAUGAUAUUAGGAAAGUUUGCUGCCAGCAAAUCAUCAACAAUUCUCUCUGUGUUUUCCAUUACUUCCCCUGUUCCGGAACUUUGAUCAUGCACAAACUUUUGCUCUUGAUUGUGUUCCACAUAAUUCUUAGGCUUUUUAAUUUUUUCUCCAACAAAUUGGCUUUAAGGGGUUUGUCUUCAAAUUCACUGAUUCUGUCUUCCAUUGUUUCAAUUCUGCUCAUAUAUCCUUCUCUUGAGUUGUCUAUUUCUGAAAAUUUAUUGUUAAUCUUUUGGAUUUCUAGUUGCUAUUUUUAUAUGGUUUUUAAUUUGUCAUUUAUUUUGUAAUUUUGUUCUGUUGCUGUUUUCUGAAUUCUUCUAUUGCUUUGUCUGUGUUUUCCUUGAUUUUGCCUACAUUUUCUUUGGUUUUGUCUUUUUUUGUUCUUGAUCUCUUGGAGAGCCGUGUAUAUUAGUCUUUUGAAUUCCUUAUCAGGUAAUUUCAUUACCAUUUCUUCCUCUGGAAUUUUUUCUGGCUCUUUAUUAGGUCCCUUGCUGAAGCAAUCUUGUCCUGCUUCUUUAAGUAGUUUGAUAUUUUCUGUUGUCUCUGAGGUAUCAAAGAGUUAUUAUAUUUAUUUAAUGUAUGUUUGUUUGCUGCAUCCUGAAUUUUUAUUUUGAUAUAGCUGAGUAGUCUAAGCAUGUGCACUAUUCUGGUUGCUAAUCUGGCUUCACUGAGGUGCUCACCUCCUGUCUCUGGGUGGGUGGGGCAAUGACUAUAUGUGUGAGUGUGGUCUCUGCUCGCUGGUCUUGUGGAGCUGCUGAGGAUGUAGCUGGUGUUUCUGGUGAGGUGAUAUAUUUGUUCCACUGUUGACCUGGCUAUGGGUGUGAAGAGCAUUCUCCCUGGUUACUGCAUUGGGUAUUGUGUGUGUGCUCCCCUGAAUGCUGGGUGGUUGGGGUGAGGGUGCCCAGGUUCUCUGUCACAAGGUGAGUGAUGCAGAAACUCUCACCAAUGAUCCCAGGUGGGCAGGGCUGAACAGGGGUAUUGGGAGCAUGCAGAAAGCUCCAGUUAUGGGGGUUGGGGGGUGAUGCAGGGGAGAUGUCACCUGUCCAUUGGUGCCUGGUUGGAGGUGUUCCCCUGUCCAGUAGAAUGCAUCAUGGGGGAGGUUGGGCAGCUGGUAAUUGGGUACCUGGCACAGGUGGCUAGAAGAUGUAGGAGGCAUCACCAGUCCUCAAGUCCCUGGUACAUGUAGCUGGAGGGUGUAGUAGGCACCACUGGCCCUCAGUCCCCUGGCACGGGUGGCUGGAGAGGGUAAGAGGCACCCGUUGGCCCUCCGGACCCUGGUGUGGGUGAUCAGAAGGAGUAAGAGGCACUGCUAGCCCUCAAGCCCCUGGCAUGGGUGGGUGGAGCAAGUAGGAGGCACCAUCGGCCCUCAGGUCCCCAGCAUAGGUACCUGGAGGAAGUAGAGGCAACACCAGCUCUCGGGCCCACAGAUCAGGUGGCUGGAGGGAAGAGGAGGAUGUGCUGCAGGCCCGUGAGCCCCCAGCACAAGCGGCUGAGGGAAGGGAAGGGUGUCACCAGUCAUGGGCUUCUGGUUUAGGGGGUGGGGCAGUGGCAGCUGCCACCAGACUGUGUUUGUGUGUGGGGAGGGGGCAUAAGUGAAGGGGCGGAGGUUCCUCAUGGGGCUGUGAGCAUCCAGAAUUGGGGGCUGGUGUGGGUGAAGUGUGUGAGGUACAUGCACUUAACUUUUGCACGGUGGGCAGCACUCCUGUCUGGCUCUGGAUAUGGAUGCAGAGUCACUCCUGCUUGGCUGUACCAGGUGAUGGCUGGGAAUGCUGCUUGCUUCUCAAUAUUGCUGUGCUGUGUAGGUUUGGCUAGCAGGGCACCAGUGAUCCAUAAUUCUCUAUGUCUGCUGUUUUGUACUGUUCUUCCCCUUGGUGCUUGGUCUGAUUCUUUAGCCUCUCUUUGAUGCUAAGGAUUCCAAAGUUGUCAUCUAUAUCCAAUUCACUUGUUUUCUUGGUUCUUUGUUGUAAGCGGGGUAUUAUGAAUAGUCUGACUACUCCACCAUCUCGGACCACCCCCAAGAUUGUAGCCUUUCAUCUUUAUCAGUAAGUGCUUCAAGUCCUCUUUGCUUUCAGAAAGCAAGGUUGUGUCAUCUGCAUAUCACAGUUUGUUAAUGAGUCUUCCUCUGAUCCUGUUGCCCCAUUCUUCAUAUAGUCCAGCUUCCAGAUUAUUUGUUCAGCAUACAGAUUGAAUAAGUACGUUGAGAGAAUGCAACCCUGAUGCACACCUUUCGUUAUUUUAAACCACGCGAUAUUCACUUAUCCUGUUGGAAGGACUGCAUUUUAGUCUAAGUACAGGUUCCGCAUGAGCACAAUUAAGUAUCCUUAGUCUUCUAUUAAAAAAAAAAAAUACCUAUAAGAAAUCAUUUAAUUUCACCAUGCUUUUGCUUAACUGCUUCCAUAGAAGGUAGGAAAACAUCAGCCUAAUUCCGGGAUAUGAGGAAGGUCUUUAUAAAUAUUUAUAAAUACUUAUCCAAUAGCUCUAAGGUCUGUACAAGUCAUGCUGACACAAAAAUGUAUAAUGCUGAUUUUCUUACUUCAUUAUCAAAAAACAAAAUAAAACAAAAACAAGCAACCCAAACCAGAUGCUACCGAGUCAACUCAGACUCCCGGCGACCCCAUGUAUUUCACGUACACGCCCUAGAAUUUUCAGUGGCUUUGAUCUUUCAGAAGUAGAUCAUCAGGCCUUUCUUUUUAGCCACCUCUGGAUGCAUUUGAACUGCCAAACUUUUGGUUUGUAGCCAAGUACUCAACUGUUAGCAGCACCGAGGAGCUCCAAGAAGCACGUAAUGCUGAAUAAAUUAGUGUAAGUAAAUGGAGAAAAAAAGUAAGCAAAUUCGAGAUGAGAUGGAUAAGGAUAAAGUAGUAAAUAUAAUCAGUACAUGAAAAUAUUUCAGUAGUUUUCAAAUUUUCUUCAACCCACCAUAGUAAUUUUAUCAGGAGGGUAUAAGAAUGAAUAGAUUUAAGCUAAUGAUUACGGAUAUAGGGAGAAAUAAAGAAUAUUUAGGGAAACAAAGUUUGUUUUUAAGUCUAAACUGUGACAUAAGGACAUCUCAUAGUUCAGUCAGCUAGAAGGGAGAUAAUAUACUGUCCAGGCAUUUGUUAAUUGGAAAUUUCUUUUUCUCAGCCCAAAAAGAAGCUUUCCAUCUGUUCUAGCAUCUGCUUACUGUGAUUCAAGAAUUUUCCCAAUUUAACAAGUAGGUGUGACAUUUAUAAGAAUAAACCAAACCAAACUACACCCAUUGCUAUCAAGUCUAUUUCAACUCAUGGUGACCCCAUAUGUUUCAGAAUAGAACUGCUCCGUAGGAUUUUGUAGGCUGUGAAUCUUUACAGAAGCAGACUGCCACAUCUUUCUCCCAUAGAGUGGCUGAUGGGGUUCGAACCACCUACAUUUCAGUUAGCAGCUGAGUGCUUUAACCACUUCACCACCAGGGCAGUCAAGUACCAACUGUUUGCAAGACCCAGGGAUCUCUCAUGAGAACAAAGGACAGAAUUAAAGUAGCUAAUUUUUUUUUUAAUCACAUAGCGCUUUUAGAACUGUUUUUAAAUAGAUGCUCUGGAUUCGUAUGAUAUUGGAAUUAUACUUGCUUUUCCAAUUCAUUUACCAUGAGAAGAACAAAAAUAGGUUUGCAUAAUCACAGGGUUUACGAGGUCUGUUUGUGAGGCUAAAUGGCUUGUGUGACUUUAGGAAAGUUGCCUCAUUUCUCAAUUACUCAAUUUGUCCGCUCAUUAAAAUGGAAAUUUAAAUAUCUGCCUAUUUUAAAAACCCUGGAACAAUGAUGAAGAAAAUAUGCUAGCAUUGAUUCUCUGAAUGCAAAUGAAGAUCAUUACCUUUUGAGACUUCUAUUAUCUCUAAUGCUUACCUUUUUGUUGUUGUUGGGUGAUGUUAAGUCGAUUUUUGACUCAUAGCAACCCCAUGUGAGAGAGUAAAACUGCCCCAUAGGGUUUUCUAGGCUGUAAUCUUUAUGGGAGCAGAUUGCCAGGUCUUUCACCCACAGAGCACUUGGCUACUAACUGAAAGGUUGUGGGUUCGAACCCAACCAGCUGCCCUGUGGGAGAAAGAUGUAGCAAUCCGCUUCCAUAAAGAUUAUAGCCUUGGAAACCCUAUGGGGGCAGUUCUUCUUGGUCCUAUAGGGUUGCUAUGAGCCAGAGUUGAUUGAUGGCAAAGUGUUUUACACAAAAUAGGCUGGCAAAAAUUAAACGAUCCAACAAUAUCAAGUGUUGGUGAGGAUGUAGAUCAACUGGAUUUCUUAUACAUUACUAGUAGGAAUGUAAAUGAGUUAAACGACUUCUGAAAGAAGUUGUUGUUAUCUUGUAAACUAAGCAUUUGUAUACCAUUUGGGGCUGGGCUUGACUUAACAAUUCCGCUUGCUAUGUAUGUAUGGUCAUGUAUACCAGGAAGCAUGUACUUGUGCUUAUAAAAGCCUCACACUGGAAAUAAUCCAGUUGUGGCCCUUGAAUAAAUCAGUGAUGAUAGUGUGUCAUGAACCAGAAUAACGGUUCUGUGUACGCAACUGAUGUCCAUCCAAAAUGAAAGACUAAAUAAAAUAAGAGAGCAGGGGUAUCUAACACAGCACCUAACACAAAAAAGUAUAGAAUAAUUUGUUGAAUAGAUGAAUGAUAAAAACCAUUCAUUUUGGGGUAUUAUAUGACUCUUGAGUAUCAAUGUAUUUUUAAGCAGCAUUUCCUGACUAAUUUCCCUCUGAUGGGUCAAAUAACAUUGAGAAACUGUUUUAUCGAUUAUCUUCCUAUACCUUAAUUGUCCUGUAUAAUAUUCAUUUGUAUAUUGCUGUGUAAAUGGUACUAAAAUUUUUUCACCCCGCCGACUUUGUAACUAGAGUCCGUUUAUAAACUUUUGGAAGGCAAGGAUUGCAUCCUCAGUUUCCGUUUUUUCUCUUCUAAGAGAACAACAUAGAAUGGGCUAUUGGUAAGUGCUUAGGACUUCAUGGUGAAACAAAAAUAAGUUCAAAUUUUAUUCUUUAAAAAUAUUUUAUUUUGGUAUUCUACAUUCUACUUUCGUGAGUAGCGUCUGGAGUCUUAAAAGCUUGUGAGUGGUCCAUCGUCCUGCGGGGCGGGCGGCCUCCCGGUAUCUUCGGUGGUGACCGAGGGCGACCGAGAACGGGAGCGGCGGGCUGGCGCAUCGGCGGCCCUGCGAGUACAAGGCGGGCGACCUGGUCUUUGCCGAGAUGAAGGGCUACCUGCACUGGCCGGCCCGGACUGAUGAACUCCUAGAAGGAGCUGUGAAGCCUCCGGCAGGUAAGUAUCCUAUCUUCUUUCUUGGCACCCAGGAACCUGCAUUUCUAGGUCCCAAAGACCUUUUUCCAUAUAAGGAAUACAAAGACGACUUUGGAAAGUCAAACAAACGGAAAGGAUUUAAUGAAGGAUUGUGGGAAAUAGGAAGUAACCCAGGAGUAAAGUUUACUGGAUACCAGGCAAUUCAGCAACAGAGCUCUUCGGAAGCUGAGGGAGUAGGUGGAAAUACUGCAGAUGCGAGCAGUGAAGGUGACAGAGUAGAAGAGGAUGGAAAUGGCAAAAGAAAGAAUGAAACAGCAGGCUCAAAAUGGAAAAAAUCAUACACUUCAAAGAAAUCCUCUGAACAAUCCUGGAAAUCUCCAGGGGAUGAAGAUGACAAGGACUGCAAAGAAGAGGAAAACAAAAAGCAGCUCUGAGGGUGGAGAUGCCAGCAAUGACGCACGAAACAGAGCUUCAGACUUGCCGAAAACCAGCAAAGGGACUUAACUACCAUAAAGAAUGCUGCCUGUUAAGAGAAACCACAAGGAGGUUGUAUACGUCUGGUUGUCUAAUAUUCUUGGGUUUGAUGUGAACCAAGACAGGCAUUGUUGUCAUUGACAGACCCCAGUUUUUAUGUACGUUAUUCACAUUGCUCUCCGUUUAUUUGAAAAAAAAAAAAAAAAAGACAUUUUAGCCUUUUUUAAGGUUAUCAAUUUAAUUUAAUAUUAUUUGGUUGCAUGAAGUUGCCCUUAACCACUACGGAUGAUGAAGAUUUAUGCACAGACUUAUACACGUCUAGGAUCCUUUUAUUAAGGCAGUUAUGCUCAUCAUACCCCUGCCUUUACCCCACCAUGGCCAAACAGCUCAAUAUAAAUUGUAGUUUCUAAAUCAUCGCUCAGUGCUUAAGGGUGGGAUUUCCUCUCUGUGACAGAACCAACCCAGGAAUUAAUUCCUAGAUGCAUAAUGUUGGUAUAUUGAAGAUGAAAUGAAAAUCGUCCUUCAGUUUCGAGGCCAUGUAUGUGUAAAGUUUGACCAUAUUGUAAAAUACCUAUUCCGUAUUAGAAAUAGCUAGUUGAGAGUUUAUGCUUCUCACAACUCAUGUUGUUAUGUACACAAACUCAGUUUCUGUGUGUGAAGCUAGUGAGGCUUUUUGUGUCACUCCACAAUAAAGGCAAUGAGUUGUUGUUCCCAAUGCCAAAACAAUUUGAGCUAAUAACUCAAGGUGGAUUCUUUCCAUUUCAAAGCUGGAAUCGGCAGCAGCCCUAUAGGAACCCAGACAAAGCAAUGACUUUCAAAUGUAAACUUUUAAAAUGAACUGUCGUUUUCUUUUGCAACUAGAGUUAGAAUAGUUAGUAUUCAUUUCACAAACCUUUAUUAUGUGUACAUUAUUGUUGCUAUUGUGAUCAUAGAGAAUUUUAUUUAUUUUUAUGCCAGCUUAUAUUGUGAGAACACAUUUAGUCAGUUUGGGUUUUAUCAGUCCUGUUCUGCUUGUCCUUGGAACAUCUUUUGCAUAUUCGAGGCUUGUAGUUGAAAGUUUACUGCAAAAUAAAUAAAUAAAAAUAAAAAAAUGUAUUGUUUUUACAGAGUAAAUUUAUUGGAAUGUGUAUUGGGAGUAAGAUCUGAGGCUGUAAGCAACAAAGUUAGUGUAAUUUGGCUUCAUAUAUGUAAUAACGUGAGGUAUUAAUGUAACGCAUACGUUAAAGCAAAAGUUAACAGCAAGUUGACAAUAGAAUUCAAGUGCAGGUGAGGGUUUUCUUUUACUUUCUUUUUUUUUAGGUUUUUUGAAAACACUGGGGAGAAAUGGUAGUGUGAUUUGCAUAGACAUUCAAAUAAUCUCUACUAGCUCAGUGAACCCUAAAUUCACACAACAUUAUCCAUGCAUUGAUCCUGCACCCCAUUUUCUUUGAUUUUUAUGUUGAUGAACAGCUCAAUAAGUAACAUGAAGAGAAAACGUGAGAGUGCUGAAGCCGAGGGCCAUCAAUGACGAUGGUGGCGAUGUUGAUGAUGGCAGCCGGGGCCAUGAAAGCACCGGUCCACUUUCCGCUCUGGCACACUGACUGAGGUGGAGGCUCUAUUUUUAGUUUUCCUCAUCUAGUGAUAGGAUUUUCUCUGUUAUACUCACACACGAUGCCAAAUAUGAAAAGUUGGUAAAAGGACAUUAAGGAUGCCAAUACCAAUAUCACAAGUCAAUAAUUUAGAGAGAAAGAACAUGAAGUAAUGCUUUUAUUCAACUUUUUCAUCUGCCUUUGGUUUUU